GCCAGAGCAAAGCCAGAUGCCAGUUUCAUUUGUGCGCUAACGGAGCCGCUUGUCGCCCCAGGUGACAGCCACGACCAAAAGGACACAGACAAAGGGCAGCAGGAGCAGCAUGUCCUGCAACGAGAGAACUGCGCUGCUGGCAGCACAACAACCACAGCAGCAGCAGCAGCAGCAGCAGCAGGAGCCACACAUCAUUCUGCUGCCCAACAAGGAGGCAAGGGAUUAUGAGCCCGUUUUUACAACUGCUGACUAUUCGUACGGCCUGUCGCUGGAGGAGCUGCUGCCGUUUAGCUGGGAUCCCUGGUGGCAGAAGGCGCGUCGUCUGUGCUUCGCCUGCUUCUGGCUAACAUUUACACUGACCCUGCUGGCCGCCCUGGCUCUGGCCUAUUACCCUGACACUGCCAGCAGCUGUCGACCGGCUCGCCUGCUGGCCACCACCAUGACGACGCCGGCACCCGCAACACUCGCCCUGGCCACCAAUGGCACGCUGCUGCUGUCUGGCUAAUGCGAGCUGGCACUCGGUAAGUGGAGCGCAUGGACUCUUCGCGGAUUAUUGGCUGCUGCAAUGCGGCGUCUUAUAUUACAUCAGCUGCGUUGAGCUAAGCGAUGGGACA